CGAAAGAGGAAGUCCUGCCUGGAGGUUAUCUUCUCAAGCAGCCACCCCUGGUUUAUGUAGAAGGGAGAAAGGAAGCCCUGGGUGGCUGUUCUUGACUUUCUCUCCUGUCUCUCUCUGAGUUGCAUGGCCAGAGGCACUCCUUGGAAGCAUUGAGGAAGGACAGGGUCUUCCUCCCUUUAAAUUAUCCCCCCCUCCCCUUAUUUCUUUGCACUCUUCCGGAGCCAGCUGGGAUCUGCAAUGACAGGGAAAUCCGUGCGGGAUGUGGACAGAUACCAGGCUGUCCUUACCAACCUCCUGCUGGAAGAAGAGAACAAAUACUGUGCAGACUGUCAGGCAAAAGGGCCAAGAUGGGCCUCGUGGAACAUCGGUGUCUUCAUUUGCAUCCGCUGUGCGGGAAUACACCGGAACCUGGGAGUUCAUAUCUCCCGAGUAAAAUCUGUCAAUCUGGACCAAUGGACACAAGAACAAAUACAGUGCAUGCAAGAAAUGGGAAAUGGGAAAGCGAAUCGCCUUUAUGAGGGCUACCUGCCUGAGAACUUCAGACGACCCCAGACAGACCAAGCAGUGGAGAGCUUUAUCAGAGACAAAUAUGAAAAGAAGAAGUACAUGGACAGAAGCCUCGACGUCAACAUGUUACGGAGAGAAAAGGAUGAAAAAUGGAAGAAGGAAGCAGCUACUGGGAAAAAAAUGGAGCCAGUUGUCUUUGAGAAAGUCAAACUGCCUCAGAAGAAAGAAGAGGCUCAAAUGACAAAACCCCUUUCCAGACCCUCAGAGCCAGUCAUAGACCUGCUGGAACUCGAUGUUCCUGUUUCAGCUGCCCUCCCCAAUGGAAGAGCCAGCAGUUGUUUGGAGAAAGAGUUGGACCUAUUUGGAUCCCUGGGCACUGAGAGAAAGGUUGCUGGCUCAAUGCCCACAUCUGGAAGUGCUGGAUCUGUUCCUGAAAAACUGAACCUGUUCCCUGAGCCUGACAGCCAGGCCGAGGAGACGGGGAAGAAGCAGCUCUCCAAGGACUCCAUCCUCUCUUUAUAUGGCUCCCAUACGCCACAGAUCCCUGCACAAGGAGCCGUGUUCCUAGCGCCAACCCAAAUGGGCUACCCAGCCGCCUAUCCCAAUUUCCCAGGCAUGGCACCACCGAGUGGCAUGAUGGCACCACCAGUGGGGGUGAUGGCGCAGCCAGGAGCGGCAGCAGGCAUGACAGCACCUAUGGCGAUCCCAGCAGGUUAUGUAGGGGGCAUGCAGACCGCAGUAAUUGGGGUCCCCAAUGGGAUGAUGGCAACACAGCAAGCUGGGUACAUGCCUGGCAUGGCACCUGUCCCACCACCAAUGUAUGUUGUACAACCAGCUCACCAAUUACAAUGGAACCUCGCUCAGGUGACGCAGCAAAUGGCAGGGAUGAACUUCUGUGGCACAAACGGGGUGAUGCGCUAUGGACAGUCAAUGGGCAGAGGGGGUGCCCCAGGAACCAAUCAAGCCCUCAGUUCCCAGGUGUGGAAAUAGCACCCCCCCCUCCAGAUUUGGACCAUUUUCUCGUUCAUUUUUAGCUUCGGCUCUCUCGGGUUUUGUUUUCCCAGUUCUGUCUGAAGCAUCAGUUAUUCCCUGUUUUUACUUAUACCUUGCUGCUGACUCUCAGACGGAUAUUCCUCUUGCGAACGGACAUCCAUUCUACCAAUUUCCCGCCUCGCAUUCAAAACACCGAUGGAGUCUUCGCCACCUUGGCUCACCUCGUCCGUAGGCGAGCAUUUUUUUU